AUGGCAUCUAUACAUGCUCAGAUUGUCCCCGAAUUUGCCGUGGAUCCUCGUUUGUUUGAACCUAUAUCCCUCCAAAAUGAGACGUGGAGCUACCUUCAAGAAAAUCAGAAGCGUGCGACGCCGACACAAACCACCGCAGCGACUCCGUCAAAUCCGUCUGGCGUUGAUAAGAACAAUACCAGCAAUCAUCUCGAGAGCACUGGCUCUGCCAGUCCUGGUGCUACAGCGACACUCCAAGCUGACACUUCCAAAGGUCAUUGUGAAAUGUCAAAUGAUUUGUCUGUAAAUCAACAGGCUAGCUGGGACGAGUACGUCGUAAGCACCUGCUGUACUUCGUCGGACUAUGCGGAAUGCUGGUACCGUGUACAAGCGAGCGUAGAUGCAAAGCUUGCAUGUGUAAUACCCAAGUGUCAAGAUCUUCAGACAAAUGAUCCUGACAAAAUGUUAGGGUUCAAGCCAUUGUCUGGUUCUAAUGGGCAAGGCAAAUACCAGAAUCUCUUUCCAAUUUUGAUUUUGAGCUCGGCGUUGCGUCAUGCGAUCCCGCACUUUCUUGUUGUUUCGAUAUCACUCGGCGUCUCGCUUCUGCUACUCGUGUAA